AAGUCUUCCUUCGAAUUCUUAGAAUAUCCUACUCCAUCGACGACUUGCUCUGGGCAGCAUGAUUCGGUGGCCAGUAAAGUCUCUUCCCCUCUAGAUUUUGUAUUUCGCUCUGACCGACCUUGCUCGCAACGUCGAAUCAACUCUGCAUCAUUACUUAGCCAAAACUUGUCUUCUUUUCGUGGUUCGGAUUGUGAUAUGCUACCACUUCAGCCACUCGGUAGUUUCAAAAGAAGUUGUACAUCUCAUACCGUGACUGAUGCUGAUGAUGGUGAUUGCACUGAGUUUUCCACGAUUUUAUCUCCCACUUCUCGAAAUGAACAGACGCCACUUCAUCGUACUUCUUUUAGCAUCAUUCGCACUCCACAGCAUUGUCUGGAAAAUCACUCUACACUCCUUGCUGGGUUACGACUUUCUGGCUCUGAUAUCGGCACCCCAAUCAUGGCGCCAUCUAAAACAUCAUUGCCCUUUCAACCACCCUGGGGCACUAAAGUAAUUCGGCCCAACUCAUCGUACUAUUUAAUUUAUUCAAAUUUCUUUUUUUUAAUCUUUUUCUUUGAACAUAUAUAA